AUGGCUCCGUCAAAUGAGGCAACCGUGCCUUCGACACGGAGAGUUAGGAAGUCUAUUGGAGCUCACGCCGAAAUGAAGCGCAGUGUGGAUAAAGAGAAUGCGACUGUUGAUGUGGCACGCACCCUUGCUGAUAAUCGCAAGAAGUCAAGAAGCAAGAGUAUGGGGCCAGGAGGGCUCGAUGCUUUGAAACAUGGGACGGGAAAUCGACGCGCAUCCAUUGCCGCCCCAGUCAAGCCGAGAUCGAUUCUUAAGCCAACCAUAUAUUCCGUGCAAGAAAUCCCCCCUCUGAGGAGCGAAACUCAGCGCACUAGGAAGUCGAGCGAAUCUCGUGACUCAACCAAGUCGUUGGGCUCUUCAAAUGAUGAAAGUACAAAUGGCUCCAAAGUUGCCCUUAAAACGGAAGAGGAGCAACAAGCGGCUGCACGUGAAAGAGAGGAGCGAGAGCGGAGAGACGCUCGUCGCAAGUCCUUGGCAAACAGAAGAGUAUCUUUCGCUGCUGAAGCCACGCUGCAUACCUUCCACGAGAUAGAGUAUAUGCAAGAUUCGACCACAUCGUCUACCGACUCAUCGCGAAGAGCAUCAUCUGUUAAUGGACCCGACUCGACGGGAACAGUGCCGAAAUCACCAGACGACCAAAGAUCCAACAGAAGGAACUCGGGACUCCCGCCCAUGAACUUUCAUAAAUCCGACGAUGAUACCUUGACAUCCACAAUAUAUAGCUCUGACUCUGAGCCGCCGGAUGCGAUAGAGGAGGUAGAGGAUGAUAGCGGCUCCAGUGACUCAGACGACGGAACAAUGAUGACAAUCGAAACUGAAGAUAUUACGGGAACGACUGUUGCCUCUGAAAGAUAUAGCUCUGAUGACGAAUCUUCAACUCUUGAUCGCGCUCUGAGGGCCGCAGCCGAAAGGGCUGGCACGCAACGGCUGGACGAGGACGACGAAGACGACGGGCUGGAUGAUGGCGAAGAAAUUAUUCCCUCGUUUGGUUGGGUGAAGAAAAGUAAUCAAGGCUCUGUCGCACUCGCAAAUGGUUCAACAACUAGGCGGGAUGAGGAGACUGAAAUGGACAUGGACAUGGACAUGGACAUGACGGGUGCUGUAGGCAAAAUUAUCAGACCACAGAACACGACACACCUGGAUGGAAAUGAUGAUAUGUCAAUGGACGUCACCCAAGCGCUUGGAGGCAUAUUGUCUCAGAGCAAAGGCAAGCAAGUUGCCCAGCACAAUGAGACUAUGGAGGCAACAAUGGACUUUACAACCGCGGUUGGGCGAAUUCAUGAACCACAAAAUUUGUAUCAUGACGAGUCUGAUACAAACGAAGACUUUUCAAUGGAGUUUACGGCGGCUAUGGGAGGUGUUCUCCCACAAGCAAAAGCGCCCAGCGCUGCCCCUGGUCGACGGCGAACUUUGACUCGACAAGGAGAAUCAAGAAUGGAGGAUGCUACCAUGGAUAUGACUAUUGGAUAUGGAAAUAUUAUUCCUCAUAGUGCAUAUGGUAACGAGAAUACCGUGCAAGGAGAGGAGACCAUGGGUAUGGAUAUUACUGCGGCCCUUGGAGGAAUUAUUGGAAAUGGUGAUACGACUUCCAGAAAUCUUGGGAAGAGAAUUAUGGAAGAAGAAGUCAACAAGCCACACAGCCCGAAACGUGCCAUUAUGGCGGCUGUUUCGCAAAAGACACCAACCAGACGGAGCUCGCGAUUAUCUGGAAUGUCUCAAGCUGCUUCUCCCGGUUUGCCUGAGAGUCCGGGUCUCUCGGCCUUCCGUGGCAAAGGACUGCGCCGAAGUACUGAGCCCCAGACACCUGAUACUUUAUCGUCGCCGCUCAGAACACCAGCAUCAUCACCCAUGAAACAAGCAACACCAAAAGCUCAGCCGACAUCCACAAGCACCCCAUCGCAAAGAACGCGAAGCAAGAGCCCGCGAUCAACGACACCUCAGCGAAAAUCAGGACCAAAGUCUCAGAAGAGCCCAUCUUCAACAAAACUAUCGAAUCCAAAGCUAUCCCCCUUUCAAAAUGAUGCACAGUCCAGGACGCCAACUGUCGUGUUGACACCACAAACGCGCCGGUUGUCAGGAGUUGGAGCUGAUAAAAGUGGACUUGGGUCACCGCAAGUAACCGCUUUGUUUGAAAGACGCACUUCUAUCGGUGACAGUGCUACAAAUUUCAUUCCGGGAAGACGAGAAGUCGCAUUUGAGAGCCCUAAAGUUAUGGAGGAGGAGAUUGAUAAAGAGAGGGAAGCUGAGGAAGAGAAGGAAAACCGACGACGCAUUCUUGAGCGCGAAGUCGAUGGGCCACAAGAAGAUAGGGAAGCUACCUUGAAUUUGCGAGAAAUGAUUGACAGCUUAAGCCCGAAGCGAAAUCCCCUAAAAGGUCGAAAGAGCCUCCAUGUUGGCAGCGCCAAGGGUCUCCUGGGGAAGAGACCACUGGAGCUGGAUGAUGAGGAUUCUGAGGACAACGAUGGAGUGAAGAGGCUCAAGGGCGGUUAUACCAGUCCAGUCAAAAAUGUCAAGUUGCAGCAACCCCCUUCUGUAGCUGAGACUACCGGAAGACUCACGAGAACAAGCCGAAGAAGCCUGGAGCCUGGUGAAAACAACACGACGCCAUCAUUUUCCUCCCCGCUCAGGAAAGAACCAGCUACGACACCACGACACCAAGGUCGUUUCAAGGAUCUCCGGGAAACCCAAACAAUUCAUGAGGUUAACUUUCAACCAUCUCAUGACAAGGAUGCCGAGGAACUGGAGCAAGAGGUUGACGAUGAGAAGAUACACUUGCAAGACUUCCUGAACAUGACAUCGAUUCGCUUCAUGGAACUGACAACAACAAAGCGACGUCACACUGCUGCGCCAAACAAUUUUCAAGAUGGAUCAUCUGGAGACGGCGAGGACGAUAUGUCCCUUGAGCGCUGUGUGGUCGCAGGUGCUUGCACUGUCCCUAUGCUGGAACUUUACCAACACUCCUGCAGGGAGCUCAAGAACUACAUAGCAGAAGGUCGGCGGAUGGUGAAGGAGAUUGAGGAGGAGACUCUUGAAGUCAACCCUCCCUUGUUUCGCGAGUACAUGUCAGCGACUCCAGACGUCAAAGCCCUUAUGGAUAACCAGUUCAAGAACGUCAAAACACAUGCAAGGCUGUUGAGCAAAGCCAUGUGGUACGAGUGGAGAAUGAAGCUCCAAGAAGGUUUGAGGGAAGGCCUCGUUACUAUUUCCCGUGGUAUGGAUGCCGAUGAACGGAUGCUCACGGAACGAGAAGCGCUGCUAGCCGAAGUCUUGCCCGGUGUUGCGGAGAGAUAUCAUCAGCUAGAGGAAGAGAGCGGGAAUCUUGAUGAAGCCGCCAAAGAGCUUGCGGACUGUGACCCAGGCGAACUCCAAGCGGCACGAGAUGAGCUAACGGACUUGGAUGCGGAUAUCGAGGACAAGAAGAGGCUCAUUGCGGAACUUGGAAAACAAUUUGAAUCCAGCAGCUCCGAGGCUGACAAUCUUUCUGCGAAGAAAGAGGACCUCAUGGCCGCGAUACGGCAAUCUGAGAAGAUCCGAGAAGCAUGUCGUGGUUGGACAGGUAGCGAGGUCGAAUCUCUCAAAGCCCGUGUUGAUGCGAUUGAAAAAGACCAUGGCUGGGCUGUCACCGGCCUGUCAGGUACGAAUCUUUCCAUGGCAUACAAGCGGGAGAUUGAGAUUGUUUUCGACAUUGCCUCGUUCCAGCCACAUCGGCCAAAUUCUCGAAUCGACUUAUGGUAUAUUGGAGACAGUGGGGAUGACCAGUCGGCGGCGAAGACGGCAGACAAGGAGUUUUUCCUGCAGUGUAUUCGAGAUCAUGUUCGAGCCCUGCCCCAGAGCCGAACGAAGAUACUGGAUCUGUUGAACAUUGUCCGCAACGCUUGGGACAAAGCCCGGUUUGUGACUUUGCAGCUCCACGCCGUGAAUAUUACUUUCCCAUCGAGAGUUACGAAAACUUCGGACUCGAGCGUUGCUGUGACGAGUUCACUGCUCUUAACACCCCUCCGGACCAGAGUUGAGACGACACUGCAUCUUCAAGGUCAUAGUGUUGUCAAGGGGGUUGAUAUCGGGAUAUCCACACAAGUCAAGGUUAUUUAUGGGGAACACUUCAACGUUAACAAGGUUGGGGAGUUCUUGGCAACCAAGAUUGGUGACAAGAUUGGGGUUAAAGAGGACGACUGGAGCGAAGUCUUGAUUGAACUUCAGAAACGAUUAAUCGCCAGAGGGAAGAAGCAGAUCUCUGGCGUGACGCAGUAA